CCGGGAUUUAAAGGGCCCGCUCGCCGCGCUGUCCUGGGAGCCGCAGCUGGUCCCGGCCUUGCGGCCUGCGGGGGAGGCUGCCCGGAGGAGGAGGCGGCAGUGGCGGCGGCGGUACGUCCCCGGCCCCCGGGACCGCGGCUUCCUUCCUGCCAGGUCUGUCCAUCUGUCCAUCCAUCUGUGGGGGGCUGCAAUGGCCACCUUCAGCCGCCAGGAAUUUUUCCAGCAGCUGCUGCAGGGAUGUCUCCUGCCUACUGCCCAGCAGGGCCUUGACCAGAUCUGGCUGCUCCUUGCCAUCUGCCUUGCCUGCCGCCUCCUCUGGAGGCUCGGGUUGCCAUCCUACCUGAAGCACGCAAGCACCGUUGCAGGCGGGUUCUUCAGCCUUUACCACUUCUUCCAGCUGCACAUGGUUUGGGUCGUGCUGCUCAGCCUCCUGUGCUACCUCGUGCUGUUCCUCUGCCGACAUUCCUCUCAUCGAGGCGUCUUCCUCUCCGUCACCAUCCUCAUCUACCUGCUUAUGGGUGAGAUGCACAUGGUGGACACCGUGACAUGGCACAAGAUGCGAGGGGCCCAGAUGAUCGUGGCCAUGAAGGCGGUGUCUCUGGGCUUCGACCUGGACCGGGGUGAGGUGGGUGCGGUGCCCUCGCCUGUGGAGUUCAUGGGCUACCUCUACUUCGUGGGCACCAUCGUCUUUGGGCCCUGGAUAUCCUUCCACAGCUACCUACAGACUGUCCAAGGCCGCCCGCUGAGCCGCCGGUGGCUGCAGAAGGUGGCCCGGAGCCUGGCGCUCGCCCUGCUGUGCCUUGUGCUGUCCACCUGUGUGGGUCCUUAUCUCUUCCCAUACUUCAUCCCCCUUGAUGGUGACCGCCUCCUUCGCAACAAGAAACGCAAAGCCAGGGGCACCAUGGUAAGGUGGUUGCGAGCCUAUGAGAGUGCUGUCUCCUUCCACUUCAGCAACUAUUUUGUGGGCUUCCUGUCCGAGGCCACGGCCACAUUGGCGGGGGCCGGCUUCACCGAGGAGAAGGAUCACUUGGAAUGGGACCUGACGGUGUCUAAGCCACUGUACGUGGAGCUUCCUCGGUCCAUGGUGGAAGUUGUCACAAGCUGGAACCUGCCCAUGUCUUAUUGGCUAAAUAACUAUGUUUUCAAGAAUGCUCUCCGCCUGGGGACCUUCUCAGCUGUGCUGGUCACCUAUGCAGCCAGUGCUCUCCUGCAUGGCUUCAGCUUCCACCUGGCUGCAGUGCUGCUGUCCCUGGCAUUUAUCACGUAUGUGGAGCACGUCCUCCGGAAGCGCCUGGCUCGGAUCCUCAGUGCCUGCGUCUUGUCGAAACGGUGCCCACCAGACUGUUCACACCAGCAUCGCUUGGGCCUGAGGGUGCGAGCCUUAAACCUGCUCUUUGGAGCCCUGGCCGUCUUCCACCUGGCUUACCUGGGCUCCCUGUUCGAUGUCGACGUGGAUGAUACCACAGAGGAGCAGGGCUAUGGCAUGGCAUACACUGUCCACAAGUGGUCAGAGCUCAGCUGGGCCAGUCACUGGAUCACUUUUGGAUGCUGGAUCUUCUACCGUCUCAUAGGCUGAGGCACAUCUGUGGACCCUCACAGCUCCCUCAAGACCCCUCCUCAGGGUGCCGGCUCUGAUGGAGGAUGAGGGAAGGCCCUCUAAUUCUUGACCCCUCUCCAUCCUUGCUCCAACACCCCAACACACACACACACACACACACACACACACACACACCAUUUUCCAUGCCUGUCAAUCCCCACCCCACCACAAGGCAGGAAGGAAUGGUCCCUGCUGGGGCCUAGGGGUGGUGGAUGCUUGGGGGAAGCAGAAAGGGGGAGAUCCAGGGCCUCCCUGCCUUCUUUCUCCCUUUUUAUAUACAGUUUAUUAUUGCCAAAUAAAAGUAGGAAAUAUACAAAAGGCU